AUGUCGCCGCCGGCCGUCCUGGUUUCCAACGGCGCCGUCUCCCCGCACUCUCCUCCUUCCGCGGCUGCUUUCCUCGAGUCCACUCCGGGAGCCUACACUACCGCGCGCGCAUCCUCCACCGGCCUCAUCCUCUGGUGGCCACGCCACCUCCUCCGCCUCGCCGACUCCGCGCGCCUCCUCGCCCAAUCCCGCCCCCACCUCCUCGGCCUCCCUGCCCCGCCGCCGGGUACUCUCUCCACAGCGCCCAUCGAGCCUCUCGUUAACCAAUCCGUGCGGGUCGGCGUCCACGAGAUGCGGAGCCGGAUGCUGGCGCUUGGGGAGUGCUGCUCGGGGGAAGAUAUGGCGCUCACGGCGUUGGUUCGAGCUGGUGGGGCGGCGGAUGGUUUGGAGGUUUGCGUCCACUUGGGUGCGUACGUGCCUCCGGUCUUCGGGGACGCCGGGGCGAGGCUUGCAGUGGCCGGGAGCGGAAGGGAGGCCGCCGCCGCCAAGUACGCUCCUUGGGCCAGGAUGAGGAAGAGUAUGGAGAAGAUGAGGCCUCCUGGAGCCACGGAGCUCUUGCUGACCAACGAUGGGGAUCGUCUUCUUGAAGGCAGUGUUACAAACUUCUUCGUCGUCUGCCGGAAGGAGGAACGUCAGUCAAAUGAACCCUUGUCUGUUCAAACAAUGGCAAAUAAGUUUGAAGUACAAACAGCUCCACUAAGCGAUGGAGUUCUCCCUGGAAUUAUGCGCCAGAUAGUCAUUGAGGAAUGCCAUGAUCUUGGGAUCCCAGUACAUGAGGUCUCACCAUCAUGGUCCAAGCGUGAACUUUGGGAAGAAGCCUUUGUUACAAGUAGCUUAAGGCUUAUCCAGCAUGUGGAGACAGUUCAGGCACCUUUACUAUGGGAGGACAUAGAAACAAAAACCUGGAGUGAUGUAUCUUGGGCAGUGAAGCAAUUUCAGGUACACAUUAUUUCUUUCUCGGACUUCUGCAGUUAUAUUUUCUGCGAUAUUGUAGUUGUUUUAUUAAUAAUGUCAUGCAAUUUAAAUUAG